AUGCCAGACCCCCAAUCUCUCCGUCAACAAGCUCCGCACCGCACCCAAAGCGACGUCGAUUCAAUCCUCGCUCGCCUCCAUUGCCACGUCGCCGAGAUAUUGAUCAAGAGCGGCUUCCUCCCCGACGUUGACGUCGAGGUUUGCUCAGUAAUUAGCAAACCAGUGGCCAAUCAUGAUUGUAUCGCAGGGGUUAGGCCACCAUGUCUGGGUUGCAUGGUCAGGGGUGGGGUUGAUCGAGUUGUGGUUUGGUGCGACUUGGUGGGUGUAGGCUCUGGUUUAAUCGUACAAAUAGAGCUUCUUGGACUUUAUCGAGACAACCAAGGAGCCUGGAUGGUGGAGGUGGCUGAGUUGAGGGGAUGGGGAACCUGGGGGAGGGGGAGCAGGGGGGCGCUGGGUUGUUGGGCAUAG